UCCGUACCAGCCUUCCGAUUUUGCUAAUCGGGAGUUUCCCUCGUCUACGUCAGUGGAUCGUCUCCUUGGCGAGUAAACCUAAACUCGGCAGCAGAUUGGCAAUGGCGACGAAUUGUCCCGACGAGAACGACGGCGUGGCCGGCCAUCCCGGCGCUCCACCACCACCACUGGCACAGCGCACCCCGGCGCCGGACCCCAACUCCUUGCCGUCGACGUCGCAGCAGUUGUCCCCGUCCUUUUUCUUGCCACCGCCGUGUAAUUAUCCGUCGCAACCAGAUGAAUGGUCGAACAUCUCCGCGCCCGACAACGAUGACGCCAUUAAUGCCAGCGUUUUCAGCUAUAUCGAUUAUCUUAACGCCUCCCUGCCGCCGCUGUCGGACGCCACCCCGUUUGCACCCUCCGUGCAGCCGCCGUUGCCUCCGCCGUCGCAACAGCAGCAGCAUCGUUAUCCAUCGCAACCAGAUGAAGAGUCGAGCAUCCCUGCGCUCGGCAACAACGACGCCAUGAAUGCCAGCCUUUUUGGCGAUUAUUUUAAUGCCUCCUCACCGCCGCCGCCGUCGAGCGCCACCCCGCUUGCACCCUCCGUGCAGCCGGCGAUGCAAGUGCCGCACUACAUCCAGCAGCUACCAGCCAUGGCGACCAUGGGAGAAACUCAGUACUACUACCCCGGAGCCGCUCCAGAGCACGCCGUACUCCCGGAGGCGCCACCACCGCCGGCAGUUCAGUCCGCCAAGCCGGCCGGAGGGCGGCGCCGCGGCCGGCCUCGUGGCAGCACCGCAAAGUCCAAGUCCAAGUCGAAGGUCGCCAACACCGCCGCUGCAGCUGGGCGCCGGCAGCAAGAAGCUGCUACCGCGUCUGCCAUCAUCGCCCGGCAGGAAACCGUGGGCGCCGGCAGCGCGGAGGUGGAGGAGGAGGAGCAAAAGUUGGUGGAGUACGCGGACACGAACAUCCCGGGCGUCCGGUUCAAGCCGACGGACGCGGAGAUCAUCUGGUACCUGGAGAGGAAGUACCACGGCCACUAGUUGCCCGUCAACUUCAUCCAGGAGUUUGACGUCUUCGAGGACCAUCCCGACACGGUCCAAGAGAAGUACGGGGAGAGCCAGGAAGGGGUAUGGUACGUGUUCUCAUCCAGGGACCGGAAAUACAAGAACGGCACCCGGCCAGUUCGGUCCGUCGGGACAGCGGGCUUCUGGAAAUCCAGCGGCAAAGAGCAAGAUGUACUAGACAAGAAUAAUGUCAAGAUCGGGAGAGUGAACGCUCUGACAUUCAAGCUCGGCCACCAGCCAAAGGGGACGUCGACCCCCUGGAGGUUGAAGGAGUACCGCAUGGAGAAGUACCAGAAAGAACCUAAUCCUUCGUCCAUGCUGCUUGACCCGUGGGUGAUCUGCAAAUUGUUCCGUGCUAAAGAUCCACCAGCAGGCCAGCAUGAUUUGCCUGUUCAGUUGGGAGAUCAACCAGAUGAGGGUGAUGAACACGCCAGCGAGGCAAAUGGCCGCGGAGGCGAAGACGGGAAUCAGCCGCCGAAUGGCCCUGAACCAGAGCUGGGCAUGGAAAACUGCUACUUUUCACUUGAUGACUUUAUACAUGGAGAUCCCAAAGAUCAAUGAUCGUCGGAGCGAUUGGAGAAACCAGUAGAGGUUUUUAAUCUGAAUGUGUGGAUGAUAGUUAAAUUUAAUUUAAUUUAGUUGGUAGUAGAAGUCAUGGGAUAUCCUCUUUAUUCUUUUCCUGCAUUUCAUGGUCGGUCCAUUUGGACUAUGUGGCAAAUGAGCCUCGAUGAAGCCAGCAAAGGCACGUUGAACUUUAAAUUAUA